AGAAAUAAAAGGGGAAAUGACAUGUUCGAAAAUUGCUCAAUCAUCUUUAAUAUAUAGAAUAACAGUGCACAUCAAUCAAUAGGAUUCGUGUAAAGAUAUUUUAAGCGACUACACUUAAAUAUAACGAUUAAGAAACGAAAGCAUGGUACUUCAGCAGACGAUCCCUUAAGACAAUUGAAAAAAAUUUUACGAGAGUUCAAACUAAACGUUAACUUUUGGUUAAAAACAAUCCUUGACUAGCUUUGAUUAUCGACGACAGCUGAAACACCCUGAGGUCAAAAAUAGAACGUACGUCGUAGAUGACGAGCUCAGAGAUUUGAGUCAUCUUCGCCCAAAUGACAGCAGGAGCAGCUUAAAGUGCGUCCAUGGGAAAUCUUCUUUAUUUCUAUACCUCCACGUUGUCAGCAAAGGCAUGACCACUCCCAAAGCUAUUUUUGUCCUGGCUCUGCUCGUUCAACUGCAAGUUCACAAGACAAGUGGUACAGAUUCUUCUCCGUCGCUCGGCGCUUCCACAUCUGAAGAACUCAACAGUUUGUUUGGAAACAGUUUCCAAAGUGACUUGCAGUCGCAAUCAUUAGCCUACACACAUGGAAACAGCCAUCAGCGGUUUGCAAACGAUAGGGGAGUGACGGGCUCAGACGAAAACGACGAGGAGCAAGUUAGAAAUCCUAAACUUGACCUGUUAGAAACUGAUAAGAAUGGCCAACUAGAAGAGGAAGAUGAGUCAUUCUACACUGGAUCAAGCCAAAAGAGGAACAAGCAAGAUGAGGCAGAUCGUAACGCCCAAGAAAGUGAUAAGUCUUCUGCUUUACUGACUGACAAGAACGGCGUUCGUGUUCAGAAAAGAAAGGUGCGCACAGGCUUUCAGAAUUCACCUGGUGUAAGACGAAUUAUGCUGCUGAAAGCACAAACUAUGGCGAAGGAAAACAUGAAGAACCAAGAUGAAAAUGAGGACGAUCAUGAAUCUCAAGAUAAUAUCACGACAAUGACUUUGCAUAACAUACUUUCUCAAACAGAAGAAAGCGACAAGAAACGUGGUGAUAAGAAAAUUCAGAAAAGGGCAAGUGUUGAAGACCAUGAAGAAACAAAGAUCGUGGCAGCGUCUGGUAGUGCGGAAACUCCAGACACAGAUUUUGAGGCCAGUGGGAAACUCGAAGAUCAAAGUAAAGGUAGCCUUGAUUUACUUAAAGGAUUCGGGCGCGAGCAGGAAUCUGAAACUAAAGGUGAAACGGAAUUUUCCGAAAAGAAUUUCAGUGGACAGGGAAGUGGGGAUUUUCAACAUUCCGGCAGUGGUGAUACAAUGUUGGAUAAUUUUCUAGACAAGGUGACAAUUGUGAGUGGAGACAGUACGAAGGUGAUCCCAGGGCGCCGCGACCCAAAGCAAGGAUCAUCCUUUACAAAGAAUGUUCGUUCAGGAGCUCACUUCAAUCCCACAAGAAGAAUAGUCAAGGGAGAGGGAAGCGGGGAGAGUUUUAGUGGGAAGAUGUCCUUUGAUCCAGUGCUGCUCUUUCAAAUAAGGAACAUACGAACCAACGUUCUGAAUGCCGAGAGACAGGCAACAAAAGAGUUGAAUGACGUCAGGCAAGAGUUCAGAGCUAAGAUGGAAGAUCUAGAGGAAGACUUGAGGAUGUUGAGGAAGUUGACAAGCAACGUUCACAAUAAGGUUGGAAUAACAGUAACACAGGCGCUUAAGAUGGCGAGACAGGCGAAGACGAACGCAACCAAUAGGUUACACAUGGCACGAAGGGCAGCAACAGCCUUGAACAACAUUGAGAAAAAGCUUGGUGUUAUUCAUACCAUCAACGCUUCCAGAAUACUUCGCUCAAGGAUUCCACAAUUUCCAAAACUCAACGACGUCGCUCUUUACAAGCAAGUACUGGCGACGAACGCCAUCUUGACGAAGCUCGACGGAGCCAAAGCCUUGGCGGUAUAUCGCGCUGAGAAGCGUUUUCACAACGAAGAGGAGAUGGGAAGCUCUAUUGAGGAAGAAGUGGAUUCACUGAGAGAUGAGCUAGCCUCAGCGGAGGAGGAUCUCAGUGAAGAGACGGAUAAAGAAUUGGAAGAUGAGAGAGAGGCACAGGAGAAGAUACAGGAGGCCAUGGAAAGGAACAAACUUGUCGCUAAGAAGACGGCAUUUGCUUUAACUGCUAUUGAAAACUACUUGGAGAAACUUCAAUCAGACGAGAGCAAACUUAAGCGGUUGAGAUUUUAAACGUCUCUAAGCUCACGUUUCAUAAAUCUGCAGAAAGUCUAGCUUUUCACUUUCAAGGUAGAACUUUAUCACUAAAUUGUCCGGGCAUCCUGACAGGCGUAAAGAUUUUCCCAAACUCGGUACUUUCUUCUGUUUAUCGGAUGCAAGAUUUACUUCAACUAGUUAGGUGAAAAAACAAAUGCAAACGUAACAGGUUGACUUGUCACUAUUCAGGCGCUUGCCACAGGUUACUUGUUUCAGUGCGAGAGAUUUAUUCAACAACCCGACCGAAAAUUAAUGCUCUGAGCCAUGGUAACUUUGGUGUUCGUUUUGACGACCAUGGGCCGAAAAAUCGCUAGUGUUAUUCUGUUCAGACAGUGGUCGUUAAGGGUGGAGGGUGCUUUAUUUCAUAACUAUAUACAUAUCUACAUCGCAAAUUCUAAAAAAUAAAAAUGCUUGGUGAACGAAUAAAUCAAACAAAGUAUUUAUGUCGAGUGUUUGCCGUACUUGAAUACUUCACAAGUUGUCAACAUCGUAACCGGCAUCUCGUGUUGUCGCAGCCUUUUCCAUGUUUCUGAAAUAUAUCCAUGGCCUCAAUUACUAUAACCCAGGAUGUCCAAAGAGUAAAUGGAAUUUCAUUUUCUUCUAGUAAAAUCAAGGAUGCAGGAAUACUGUCGUGAAAUUCAAACAAAUUCCACGGACUAACACUAUAAAAAUUGUACCGAGAAGCAAGAAAUAACGAGCUGUUCUGAACUUGGGCUUCAAUGGCUGAAUUGUCCCGAGAUGCUUAAUGAACUUGUUUGCUUUUCAAGCAAAUCAUUUAUCUUUUUGAAGCUUCAGAACAUAUUUCACGAACGCACAAAAUUUAAUUUACUGGCUGUUAAUCUAUGUAAUGCGUAUGAAUAAACUGUUUUUAAAAUAUGCGUCUGCGUGUACUAUGAUACAGUUAUAGAUUACAUCUUUCAUAUUCAUAUUCGAUUGGGUGAUUAAACGUACGGUUCAGUUCAAA